AAAGAGGAGGGGACAGGGGUGAGAGGGAGUGUUAGGCGUGAGGGAGAGAUAUGGGGAGCAGGAGGAGCCGCGGACAAACAUGAGCUGUCUUCUAGGCGGAGAUUUGAGCACAUUUGUGUGAAGGAUAACUUUCUGCUGGGAGAAAACUGUGGAGAUUCCUGCGAGGGACGCGACAAUAGAGGGUGUUUUUCCAUCCCUUCACAGACGCCGUCCGUUUCAGAGAUGCAGCGCGAGGAGAUGUCAGCCAGGGAGGAGUUCACCUACAGCCACAUGUCCACUUUGGAGAGAGGGAGCGGGACGCUGGGACGACGGAGCGACAGGGGGUCUGACAGAAGGUCAGACCGAGGGGACAGGGAUAGGCCCGAGCGGGACAGCUACACGGUGGACGUGAGGGCCAGUGACCUGCAGCUGGCCCAGCCGGAGCCUCUAAAGCAUCCCUGCUUCAGCUACAGGGCCUGGCUCUACAGUGUCCUCAUAGGGGGCAGUCUCCUCAUCACGUCUGGUUUCUCCCUGUACCUGGGGAACGUGUUUCCUGUUGCCAUGGACUACCUGCGCUGCGCCGCCGGCUCUGGCAUCCCUGCAGCGAUAGCUAGUUUCGCUAUUGCCAAGAACAGACAUGUUGCAGUGUCAGACUUCCAGGUGCUCUACGUGUCAACGUUUGCUGUGACGACCACGUGCCUGGUUUGGUUCGGUUGUAAACUGGUCUUGAACCCCUCUGCUGUUAAUAUCAACUUUAACCUCAUCUUGAUGAUUGUGCUGGAGGUAUUCAUGGCCAGCACCGUCAUCAUGUCGGCCCGCUCUGCAGAGGACUGCUGCUGUCACAGGAAGCCCUGUGACAGGCCCGUGGUUAUUAAACCUGCAGUGUUCCCCACUCGUCUCCUCAAGGCAUAUUCUGUGAUCGAGGUGAUAGUGGGAAUCUCGGCUGUUUUUGGAGGAAUUAUCGCGCUGAACAUGGACGCUUUGCUGCCUGGCCCUUACUUGUCUGUGACUUUUUUCUGGAUCCUCGUUGCUUGUUUUCCCAGUGCUAUUGCCAGUCACGUUGUGUCAGAGUACCCCAACAAAUGCCUGGUGGAGGUGCUGAUUGCCAUCAGCAGCGUGACGUCUCCCCUGCUCUUUUCAGCCUCUGGCUUCCUCUCUUGCAGUGUGAUCAGCUUCAUUGAAAUUUUCCUUCAUGAUGUGCCCACCGCCAAGCAAUCCUACGACAUCCUGCUGUUGAUUCUGAUGGUGUUGCUCCUGGUGCAAGCAGUUCUUACUUCAGCCACCGUGGUGCACUGUGCGACCUACAAGAGUCAGCUCCGCAUGGGGGCUCCAGAGUGCGAUGACGGCAUGCAGACCUCAACACAUUACUGUGAGCACAGAGCAUCCAAUGGAACGCUGCAGGAUUUUGACAAAGACAGAGCCUGGAAGGCCGUUGUGGUCCAAAUGGCUCAGUGAACUGUGACAUAGUACGCAUGGAGGUUUGCUGAGAACCGUGGAAGAGGAGGGAUAGAACAAUCUCUGUAAGCUGUAAGCACAGCUACAAUCCAGUACAAUCCAGAGAAAAGCAAUAUUAGAAGACGAAAAUGCAGAAAGAGGAAAGGAGAGACUUCAAUCAAGAACAAAAUAUGAAGAUAUUUGCAUAGAUAAUGCUUUGAGCACUUUGGUUCCACGUGUGAUUUACGUAACUUUGUCAUCGUUUCCUGCUAACUACAGCGAAGAUGUGUGUUUGACCAGGGCACCGAGGCUAUGACGUAGAAUCAUCAUUAGAGGAAUGCAGUUUAUGAUGCCUUCAAACAAAAAGAAUGUAAUUCUGGAUUUAAAGGAUGAUGCGGUUAUAAACAAAAAUUGCAUCCCGUAAAACAGAAAUCUAUAAAAUAAUAUCCCUUUUUUAAUGUUGCACCCAGUGCUCUGGUGAGUUUACAAAAAAAAAAUA